UGCUGCGGCAGGGAAUGGAGCUACAAAACAUGGCGACCGCCCACAGCAUAGGAACUUCAUGUAGUGCUCUCCAUCCGCGCCAUUAUAGAUCGAUGAAAAGUUGCAGUUACCGCAUUUAACGACUGUCCACUUGUUCUCGGAAAGAAGGAAGCCACGCACCGGUAGCUCCGAAAGUAUUUCCCGCGAGACGGACAUAUUCGUGACAAUACAAAGUGAAAAAAACUGCGUUUAGACGAAUAUUUUCUUUACUAUUGUGAUGCCUGGGAAGAACCGGGUUCAUUCAUUUCUAGCCAUACAGGCUUAUCAGCACCAUGGACAGGGAGUGUGUGGCGCUGCUGCCACGUGUGUGUGAGGUGUUGGCGGAGUCAGGGAAGUCUCUGCCUGAUGACACCAGCCUGGAGAAACUACUGGACUGGUUCACAGGGCUCGCCAAGGCUGGAGCAUCACUUUUGGAGGUCUGCCCAUGUCUGCUUGAAUUCAUAUCCACUGUCAUAUACAACACCGAUGCAGAUCCCAGUGUCCUCUCCUUCACUCUCAAACUCACUGGCUUAAUGGCUGCCAGUGAAGACGGCUUUAAAAUGUUAAAGGAGUGCUCCAUCCUCAGGCAGGCGUAUGACAUUCAACACUGGCAGGACGCAGGGCUGUGGGAGGAUCCCUGCAUACGCAUUGGCUGGAUCCAGGGAUUAAGGAGCAUGCUGCAGCAUCCAAUGGCUCUCCACUUCCUGGUUGAAACAGACUUUACCAGGCACCUCCUACAACUCCAGACGGAUGCAAGUCUAUUUGUUGCCUCAGCCGCCAAUCAGGUGCUUGCCCACAUUCUGGUCUUCUUUCAGCCACUCUCAUCUGAUGAUGUGGAAAAGAAAGAGGAGAAGGAAAUGAGGACAUACGCCUGCAUCAAAGCACCCAUUGCUAUGGACACAGAUAUAGAACAUCUGGCUGUCGCCAUGGAAACCAGCCACGAGUACAUUGCUGUGACCACGGCAAUCUCAGAUCACCUCAAGGUGUCACUGGUCCCUAAGGAAAAUGCACAGUUCCAUCAGAGCCUCCAGAGCCUCAAGCUGCUGGCCCUGCUGCUGGCCCAGGCCAAACCUCCUCUUGAGGAUACGCUGCUCAGGACAGUCCUAGGCUCUCUGGAGGCCCUGGUGAAAGCAGAGUAUAGUCAGCUCACCCUGCCUUUAAUGGAUGUCCUGCUGACUGCAUGCAGCCACUGCAACACUGAUGAACACGUCACAGACCAGACAGUCAGCUGCCUUCUAUCAUCCAUGCUGGAUACCAGCAAACCCUCUGACCUCAUUCAGGCUGCUGCAGCCGUUCUCCGCAGAGGCCACCGUGACAUCAUACACUCUGCCAAGGCUGUGGGAAUACUACUGCUGCCCUUAGACAUUAUCACUGGACAGACUCUACUGAGCACACACUCAGAGGAACAGCGCUUUUCAGUGGAAGAACUGCUGAAGAGUAAAACCUCCUGUAUCUCCAUGCUCUGUGUCAGUCUGAUGAACACACCACAGAUCACACUCAUGCCCCCUGACUUCCUGCCCUGUCCCCCAGUGACAGUUGUCACUGCUGUUUUGUCACUGCUGAGGAUCUGCAGUGGCCACGCCCCCUCAUCAUCCAUUGGAUCUAGUAAGACAUGCAGGAAUAUCAUUGGCAAUGGCAAGGUUCAGAGAUGUGGCUUAGAGGCUCUGACAGCUCUCAGCACCAGCCCAGGAGGAAAGGAGAAGAUGAGCGAGGUCUUCACAGUUCUGAUACAGUAUCUACAAAACCCAGACUCUGAUCCCACUGUAAUACAGAAGUCCUACCAGGCACUGGUGAAGUGGAUGGGUGUGUGUACAGAUAUUUCCUCUAUGCGAGACCAACUCACACAAGAUCUGCUGGAGGUAGUGAAGAAGCGUAUGUGUGACAUGCAUUGGGAAGUUAGAGACUCAACUGUGGAGUUUCUGGGACAGCUGGGAGGUGUGUGUACCUCUACAAAACCAGACCAAGUAGUGUGUGUGUCUGAGGCUCUGCUCGGCUGUAGUACAGUUCCUCUCCUCAUAGAGGCGCUGUGUGAUUCAGAGAGUUAUGUGAGAGCCAGCACCAUCUCUGCGCUGGCACAAACACUGGCACACAGCUGGCAGCAGGGGGCAGCAGUCACACAGGAGCAGACUGAUAUAGUCAUCCGGCUGUUGGACAUCCUCUCCAACGACACAGAGGGCUUUGCCAGAAGAGCGGUCGUACAAUAUUUCACCGCCUGGUUCUCUUCGUACUCAUCAAACACACUUCCAUUGUCAUCUUCCUCUUCCUCCCUCCUGAUGAAGUCUGUGCACUCUGUCCUGUCUCAAGGCAGCGCUGACCUGGACUGGGAGGUCAAGCUUCACACCCUGCAGCUGGCCCAGCUCCUGCUGGACAAAGCACUUCCGGGUCUCCAGGGGUCCCGGCUAGAUUCAGACACACACACCACCCCACCCACGCCUAGUCUGAAUAACCUGCCGCACCCUUAUGCUGUAGGCUCUGACCAGGCCUACACACUACACACACACACUGGAGCACAGACACACACAGACCCAGCAGGUGAAGGAGGGUGCAGGGAGAGUAUGGAAAUGGACUUGGCUGAUGCAGUGCACAGUCUGGUAGAGCAGGGGGUUGUGUCGGCGUUGCUGAGCGGUCUGGUUGACUGUGACAGACCUGUGGGACUGAAGGCCUGUCGCCUGCUCAGAACACUCAGAGACACAAUCUGCCUCCAGGACACACCUGCUGCCCUGGCAACAGCCACCAGGGUGGCCUGUGAACUGCCCGGGUCAGGCUGGGGGCGUGAGAUCAGAAAAAUCCUGGAGAAGAAAUGUGACUGGAGCAAGUGUGAGAGCGAGGAAGAUGACAGUGUGUGUGUUGGUGUGUAUGAGGCGUUGAGGUCUCUGGGUUUAGAUGAGAAGCUUGCCAUUCUGACCCAAAGCAGUGACCAUGUCCACAACUCCCCUCUGUCCCUGCUGCAGGACAUACUGAGCACCAGUGACACACACACUCAACCAGGUACACAGCCUGGACAGGAGGUCAUAGUUGACUGCUACUGACACACACACACACACACACACACACACACACACACACACACACACAUACUCUCACUGCCUUUGGAGCAAAAUCCUAAAACAGUUUCUUACUAAAUUUAAUAUGCAGCAAUUAAAGGUUUGAUCAGUAAUUUAAAUCAAACUGCUGAAAGAAACAAAUAGAGUCAGCGUUCAAGUUCAAAUGCUUUGAAUCAAAUCAUUUACAAUACAGAAAGAACAACAUUUAAUAUUGUGGUGAUUUAACCGAAUACUAUAAAUUACAACUUUUUGUCAAAGAUGUUUUAUAGAAUCUUGCAAACCUUACAAGGAUAAGUGGUUUGGAAAAUGAAUGAAUGAAUGUUUUAUAGAAUAAAUUGUGUUGUCUGUUUUUUCACAUUUAAUAAGAAAAAGGAUAAUCUUGUAUUAUUGCAAUUGUUAAUAUGAAUAAACCUUUUUGCUAGAA